AUGGCUGGUGGCGAGUCAUCCGAUUGCCACAUCGUCCCUACAGGAGACAAUAACAUCUUCCGUCUCCGGGUAAGGCUCUCGCCGCCCAAGGAUGACCCUUCCCGGUGUCUAAGCGCGAGCACGGUCAUUGCUGGAUGCAGAUGCCAUGCGUUUUACUGGCCUGCACGCACCGGCAUUCUCACGCUCGCUCUCUGGGUCUCGAAUUGCGCCACUGCCAAGGUGUCCGCACACAUGGUUUUGCUCGACAAGACCGGCACACCGGCGCCUUCCAUCGGGAUAGGGAAAUCCUCGAACGUCGCAAACGGUGGGUUCGUGUUGUCCGCAAGGAGAGACCAUGUCAAGGCCAACUGUGUGGUGGGCAACUACUUCGUGGCGCUGUGCUCCGUGGACAUCGGCUGCCCUCCAGAUUCAUCAAUGGAGAAUGAGCUCCCUGACUUGGGUCAUCAUCUGGCCAUUAUGUCGGGUAAACAAGAAUUGACAGAUGUUUCCUUCGACGUCGGAGGGGAGAGCUUCAGUGCACAUUGCUUGGUGCUCGCCGCCCGCUCGCCCGUCUUCAGAGCCGAGCUCUAUGGCCCGAUGGCUGAAAGCAAGAUGACUUCUAUACCCAUUAAAGACAUGGAGGCAUCAACCUUCAGAACUAUGCUCCAUUACAUGUACCAUGGUUCAUUGCCCAAUGCUGGCAAGAUAGAUGCUUCGAUCACUGUGGCAGAAUACCAGCAUCUACUUAUAGCUGCUGACAGGUACGGGAUAGAGAGAUUGAAGAAGAAUUGUGAGGACAAGCUAAGUGUGGACGGUAUCACGAUAAAUACUGUGGUUUCAAUGUUGGAGCUGGCGGAAGACCACGUCUGCUCCAAACUUAAAGCUAGGUGCCUUGAUUUUCUUGCGGAUGCUGACAAUUUCAAGAUAGUUGGAACAACAGGUGAGUAUAUCUGCUUGAUGCAGAGCUUUCCGCAUCUCUUGGUUGAAGUGCAGAGUAGGAUAAAGAUAGCACCCGCAAAAUCGACUAUCAUGAGUCCUGGUGCUCACAAGAAAAGCCGAGGGAUGAUGAUGGGAUACAUGAAGGCAUGUCCAUCGUUUAUCAUCCUGUUCUUAGUAUAUACAGGAAUAUUUUUAUUCCUCGUUUAG